AUGUUGGAGAGCCCAGACGCUGACAGGAGGUGGAACAGAAAGGAGGUGUCUGCUGCAGUGUGUCCCUCCAGAUCCCAGCCGCUGAAGAAUGGCAUAACAUCACACGAGCUGACGAGGAUGGAUUCUCCGCCCGAGUAUCUCCUGUCCCUCUCCCAUGAUCUCCCCCAGUCUCCUCCCAUUUUGCCGUCACUGGACAACAGCCCGCAGGCUCAGACGUCUCCACCAGACAGCCCUAACGCCUUGCCUCUCCACAGCUCUGAACCGUCCCCCCAGAGCCCCAGCACAACGCCAUCUUUCCCUCUAUCCCCUUACGCGCUCGACCAAGAUGAAAUCCACCGGGACUGCGACGAAAAUGAAGAAAGCCUGGAUGGUAUUCCAGCCUCUCCCACUCCUGCAGUGGCAUUAUUUCCAGGAUCAGGGGCUGGACAAGAGACUGUCCACAGCCCUAUUUUGGACUCCUCGCCCCCAGCCACUCCGUCCGCUCCUCCCCUCGGCUUUGGAGCUCUGGAAAUUGCGCUUUCUUCCGGGCAAAAGAUCCCGGACGAACUCGAUCUUCAGCUAUUCCAAAAGGACAGCGUGGCAACAAAGCAUUCAGGGCUCGCAGCGUCGUCGGCUUCGAGUCCUGCGUUGAGAUUUCCGUGUAAUCCCGGAAACACCUGUUCCAACUCCUUCGCACACUCCUGCGCCAAGCCAAACGGUAGCUUCACCAGCGGGCGCGACCUCACCUGCAGUGCCGGCUUUCCAAUGUGA